GAAGUAUCCAACAUUCUUGGUGUCUUUGGUUUAAGCUUGAGAACACUUGAACGUGAUUUAGAAGAUGUUUUCAGCGAAUUUGGUUCCAUUGAAAAAGUGAUUAUUGUCUAUGACCACAGAAGUCGUAGAUCUAGAGGCUUUGGUUUCGUUUAUUUUAAGGAUCAAGCAGAUGCCACUCGUGCUCGUGAUGCAUUAAAUGGUAUUGAGAUUGACGACCGUAAGAUUCGUGUUGAUUAUUCAGUUACUCACCGUCCCCAUACACCUACACCUGGUGAAUACAUGGGCGAAAAAAGAUCUUACGAUCGUGAUCGUUAUAGACAUAGUAGACAUCGUAGAGAUCGUUCUCGUUCUCCUCGUAGAAGAUACUAUCGUUCAAGAAGCCGUAGCGGAUCUUGGUCUCGUUAA